AUGAUGAGUAGCACGGUCACGCCACCAUUACAGGGUCCGAAAAUUAUAUUUACCCAUAUCUUCGCGAAAAAUGUAUGAAUGCCCCUCAAACUUUACAGAUAAACUGAGUAAUAGUUCUUGUUUGAUAUGAAAUCAAUAACAAAAUUCAAGCGAUAAGUUUAGAACACGAAUUAAAGUCAAUUGUUUACAAAAAGCACGACAUUUUGAGUGUAACGCGUAACAUCGAAUUUGCAUACCAAGAGUAAAAACGUAAUUUUUGUCCCUCAAAACGAAUAAAAGCUUAAAAUUUUAUCAUGCCUAAUUAUUGUAUAUAAUACAAAUAGACUUUUCACAAAAUUUCAUUGCUCUGUGUUUUUUAUUGAGGCAGUAAUAAGUACAAACUACAAUAUAAGUUCUUGUGUGUUGUCCUGUAACGCUGGAUUAUAAACAGACUUCACAGUUUACAGAAUUCAGGCUUUUGGCGACCAGAUUAACCUAAAAACAAUAAUAAUUACAUCUGAGAAAAGUUCAUUCAUUUUCCUUUAAGGCUCUGUGCAAGAUAAUAGCAAAUCAUGAAAUGCUGGGAAAAAUAUAGCGAUUUUGCAUAUCGGAAACAAAUUUGUAACGAGUUUUGAUUGCAUAAAUUCAACCAUUACUUACCUAUUUCGAAGCCGAUAAAUCAGCGUAGAGUAGUCCAUCACCAUAUAGAGAACGACCAAAUCAAAGUUCAUUCUAUCAGACAUCUAGAUUCGUAAGAAUUUACGAGCUUAUAGGAAUUUUCGCCGAAGAAAUGGUACAAAGAAUGAAUCGAAACAUAUUUUCUGCCUAAUGUGUUGUUUAUAGACGCUUUGCGAUCAUAUUACAUAUUCAAUUCGGACCAGAAACACUACAAGCCGCUCUCAAAAUCGACCCAAAUCAUGGUCACAACGUGCAAGAAACGACGAAGGCCAGCCUGUGCAGCCUUGACUGAUAAGUUUUGGGGGGAUACGGAUAUUUUCAGGGUUUAAACAAUAAAAGCACGUGGUAUAUUUAGCCCGAAGCGUGUCGACUAGCGUUACACUCGAUUUCUCAAUCACAAUAAUAGCAGCGUGCUUCAAAAAUUAAUCAAGCGAUUCCGACAAAUUAUGGAAACAAAACCCCAAUCAAGUGCUGAAAAGAUGAAAAGAUGGAGAGAACAAAAGGCUGAGAGAAAGAAAGCUACUGAUAAAAGAUACUACGAGAAAAAACGCCAACAGAAAAUAGCCAAGGUGCGUGACAGCCGAGGUCAGAAAACUCACCGGCCGAACACUAGGGCACAAAACCUGAAAGCUGUUACGAAGAAACGAAAAAGGGAAGAAACAUCAGCAGAAGAAGAAAGAAGACAAAAAAUCAGAGAGCAAACUCGAAAAAGAGUACAAAAUUUACGUGAAAAACGGCGAGCUGAAUUGAGAGAAGCACAUGAAGAGCAUGCUACAAAUGCCGCGGAGUAUACGUGUUCAACCCCGCCUUCUAGUUCCGCUUUCCAAAACAGGAUGGCAAAAGCCCGCGCCCUAAAGAAAACAACUCAAGUUCUGCCAAAAACACCACAGAAGAAAGCAGAACUUGUAGAAACAAUAUCCUCAAGUAAAGCUGUACAGCUAAAGCGAAGGGUUUUCUUUUACGUACCGUCCUCUGGCGAAGGAGCUGUGGAAAGGAAGAGAGAUGGCAGAAAGUUCAAAGAGGUGAAGGGAAUUCGUAAGUGGCACUGUGUUAAAUCACUUCCUCAGCAAGAGAAAGUGAUGGUGAGACACAGGUCCUGCUACUGCACCAGCUGUAUUUUUGGUGAAGAAGACAACUGUUCCAACAAAGAGUGGCUGGAUGAGUGGAAAACCAUUAAUAUCUUGAGAGAUGGCUCAGUGGCAACCACUAGGCAAGCAAAUGAAGAGCCAAUUCUUGACCACGAUACCGCAGUACAUUUAGCAGAGCUGGCUGUGAAGGGCAGUACAGUGGCUAUUGCUGCUGAUGAAGACCCGAUGUAUGAUUUUUAUCUCCUCCAGGUCACCUCGGAUGGAGUUGAAGAACUUGCCUCUGACUUCACAGAUGAUUACCACUGUACUGCACUAAAAGGUCAGAAGGUGUUGAAAGGCCACUUCUACUUACGAGAGAACAUCCAUGAUAUGACAUUCACCCUUGAUGUCAAACGCAUUGCCAUGGUAUAUGCCGCCACUGUGCGCCAUAUUUGUGGAGACCUUCCUGUGAAGCGGAGAGCCCGGAAACCUGUAUAUAAGCUUCCUUUAUUGGAAAAUGAAGAAAUAAUUGCUUCACUUUAAGCAAAAAUAACCUUAAUUCAACUGUUUUCUAGUACACAAUUAAGUUUAUCAUGAUUUCACAACAAAAUAUUGAAUUGUAAUGAUUUUGACAUGCCCGCAAUGCAUUAUGGGUAAACCAGAAAAUCGCAAUAAAUACUUAAAUAAUGUAAAUAA